GGAGAGUGGUUUUAGGUCGGACCAGAAUGUCACACUGCGGUAGUCCUCACCCCAGCACGGCACGGCACGGCUGGGAGAAAGGAAUACUGUACUGAACUGUGCACUGCACGAGAGUCACUGGUGUGCCUGGCGUAAGGGCUUUCAGGAUCCAUCUCUGUGAGAGUCUCAGUCGUUGCUUCUGUAUUUUAGCUUUGAGAAAUUGUUAUUUCAAGCGAGCCGCCUGAAAACAAACUCUCUGGUGACAUAGUCUCGACUCACCCAGUCAUCGUAAAGCUUACACUAUUUCAGCAUCCAUCCAUGGCGUCAGCUGACGUGUCUCUGCUGCUUCAGAGCAACGAUUCGUUGCCUUUGGAAGCCUACUAUGUCGGCGAGAAGGAGCCUGGGAGCAAAGAUUCCCCUCCUGCCGCUGCUGAUGUCCAAUUUGACACAAUGCCGAUUUCCAGUGGAAAAGACGCGACGGGUUUGGACUCGGAAAGCGGGGUAGAUUAUGAUGAUUUGGCGCCAACGCGGGAGUGGAGUACUGGGCUUUGCUCUUGCAUUCCCCGGUCUACUAGCGAUGAGCACGCGAGCUCAGACUGCGAAAUUUGCUGCCUUGGCUGCUUCGCGCCAUGCGUGCUCUACGGAAGCAACAUGGUUCGCCUGAGUGGUAACCAGGACGAGUUCUGGAACAACUGCAUGUGUUACGCGUCCCUGUUCGUCGUCGGGAAGCUCAUCCUACGCCUCAAUGUGCUCGCGCCAAUCAAAUCUUGGUCCUCCCGAUCCGCGAUCCGCAUGCAAUUCGGCCUCCAGAGCGGAGCCGAAAGCGUGACAAGUGACCCCUCCGACGGUUGUCAUCGCUGCUGCGACUGCUUCCUGCACUUCAUCUGCCACCGAUGCGCGCUCUGCCAGGAGGCAAGGGAGAUUAGGAGGCGAGUCCCUCCUUUGUCAGGCCCAGGCUCCUCCGUUGGUACUGUUGUAGCUCCUCCCUCCAUGCAAGCCAUGGAACACUGAGGAUAAUCCUUCGUGUGCACAAAUGUAUCUAUCUACGUAUAUUUUGUGUUUCAAAGGGUUAGUUAGUCGCCACUUGUAACGGGCCGUUUUAACUAAUAUUGAAACUGUCAGAAGGAAACUA